AUGCUCUACUUUGCCUUUGGCAGCAAUCUCUCGCUGCAACAAAUGUCCAAACGCUGUCCGCAGAGCCGCUUCAUCGGACGUGCUAUCCUGCCUGACUACCGCUGGCAAAUCAACCAGCGUGGAUAUGCCAAUGUCGUACAGUGCUGCGGUAGCUCUGUGCACGGCCUGGUAUACUUGCUCGAAGCUGCCGACGAGGUUUCUCUUGACCGCAGCGAGGGCGUCGGCAUUGGCGCCUACAGCAAAGACUACUGCGACGUUCUCCUCUAUCCAGCCGCUGUCGAACUGCAGAAACAGCCUGACCAGGUCAGAAGUGCUAUUGAUGGCGAUCAGCAAGGCGCCCACCCACCCGAGCAGCGACCACAUCUGCAGGAGAACACGCUCGUGUAUCUCAGCACCCACUACAUCAAACCUGGUGCUCCCCACGAAGAGUACAUCCACCGCAUCAACACUGGCAUACGAGACGCUGUCUCACUUGGCGUACCGCCUGCCUUCUUCGAAAAUGCCGUCCGCCCACUGGUGCCUUCUGAGCUUGAAGGUUGA